UUCACUAGUCCAGUAUAAAGGGCCAUUACACUGCUGUGUGGCUCAGUGUUUUGCCGAUAAGGGAUUUGUCGAGGCGAACUGGUCUGUGUGCUGCGUUGUCCACCUACCUGCAUAGCAGUUACAUCUCUGAUACGACUGCCUACCUACACUAGAGAUCUUGAAAGCCAGAGUUACGGGGUUAACAUACCAGUGGAAAUCCAUCCUUACCAGUGUUCUAGAACCAUGAGCAGUAACUACAGUGUGUCCCUGCUUGGCCCGGCCCCAUGGGGCUUCAGACUGCAGGGUGGAAAAGACUUCAACAUGCCACUCACCAUCUCCAGGCUCACGGACCUGGGAAAGGCAGCCAAGGCACGUAUUGCAGUGGGCGAUGUGGUCCUGUCUAUCGAUGGCAUCAGUACUGAUGGAAUGAACCACCUGGAAGCUCAGAACAAGAUCAAGGCCUGCGCCGGCAACCUCAACCUCACCCUGCAAAGAGCCUCCACCGUCCCAAAACCUCCCGUGGCCCCGAAGGUCGAGCCAUCAGAGAUCCUUAAGCCUGUGGCUAUUAUCAGCCACCACCCCCACCCCCACCACCAUCCCACUGAGCCCACCAGUCUUAUCCCCAGCGCCCCACACAACAAAACUGCCCGGCCCUUUGGGGGCUGCGGGAGAGAGGACAGGGACUCCCCCAUCGCACGCUCCCCCCAUUCCGCCUUCAUUCCCUCUGCAUCCUCUGCCUUCACCCCCGCCACCCUAGCCCGCACUCCUCCUCCACCCCAGCCCCUCUUCCCUUUCUCCUCCUGCUCCUCACCCCCCUCCCUCCCUGCCGCACCCCAGCCCUCUGUCUAUAACACGCCCUUCAACCUCUACUCCAACGAGAACGCCUGCGAGGUGGCCAUGGGCCAGAGGCGGGGACUAACGGAGAGCCAGGGAGGAGCUGUGCAGUUGAACGGGGUUCCUAGGAAGCCCAUUCUGGAAACAGACAUUGAGUUCUACCACGUGCCUUCUCAUGGAGACGCCAGCAAGAAGCGCCUGAUGGAAGACACAGAGGACUGGCGUCCCCGCAGUGGCACCACCCAGUCCCGCUCCUUCCGAAUCCUGGCCCAGAUUACUGGCACUGAACACCAGCAAACACAGGAGAGCGAUGCGGAGAACAAGACAAACAGUUCCCUUUUGACACCACUAGAGGGCGAUGGUGACCUAGGGGAGAUUCAAGCCAUUGGGUCGGAUUGGGAAGCUAGUGAUGUCCAUCACAGUGACGACUCCUCUGCUACAGACCAAAUACAUACGGCUCCUCUCUCACCUAUUCACAGCUCCUCUCCAGUACAGCCACUGACACAUCUUUCUCCUGUGUCUGCAGUACAGCCACUACUCUCCCCAAAGCCAGUGAGGUACGGGAAUCAUACCAAUCUACUCUAUCCCAAUGUCCUUAUCAGUGUAAAGUCUGCUGGCCUCUUUCCUCUGUUCUAUGGGUGCAGGCGAGAGCUCCUGUUGAACCCACUGGAGUUCCUCCCUCGAGGUGGUCCCUGCCCACCGGCCCUCACCCCUAGUGCACCGACUCUGGCUAUACGGUCCCAUUCUACUGUUAUUGGUUUACAGGCCAGAACCCCACACAGGUCACCUGAGGGGACGGUCUCUCAGUCCCUAUUGGAUGCCUUGCUCAUUACGCCUAUCACCACCCUCCCGCCCCUCCGCUUGAGGAAGAAGAAGCGUCGGAGUGUUAGUGCCUUACACCUGCCCAACAACAAGAGAGUCUCCUGGCACCAAUCAGUCACUGAUCUGGGUGACCCCAACCUCUCCUCUCCUGUCAAUGCUGUCUAUAUCUUUAGUGAGGAGGUGGAGGAGCCAGACACCAGUUCUCACAUGUUGUCUGCAGUCAAGACCAUGACCAAAGGACCUGCUGGCAGCCCCAGCAACUCCAUCACCUUUACCACCACUCAGGGUUCAGGUUUCCCUAAACCAGGCCUUCAGACAUGUUUUGGGGUGAGGGGGAACGGCACCACCAAUGUUCUCCCUAAGGGCCCUGUCCCAGAGAGGCCGGCCCCCCAGCCCCAUCCCAAAGACCAGGACACUCUGGUGCAGAUGGCCGAACACAUUCCCGCAGGGACACGCACGCCCAUGUGUGGCCACUGCAACAUGGACAUCAGAGGCCCAUUCCUGGUGGCCAUGGGAAAGUCCUGGCACCCCGAGGAGUUUAACUGCGCCCACUGCCGGACCUCCCUGGCAGACAUUGGCUUCGUGGAGGAGCAAGGCUCGGUCUACUGUGAACACUGCUAUGAGGACUUCUUCGCACCUUCCUGUAGCCGCUGCCAGAUGAAGAUCCUUGGGGAAGUGAUCAAUGCCCUGAAACAGACCUGGCACAUCCAUUGUUUCCUGUGUGCAUCGUGCCAGCAGCCCAUUAGGAACAACACCUUUCACCUGGAGGAUGGAGAGCCCUACUGUGAAAGAGACUAUUACUCCCUUUUUGGUACCGGUUGCCAUGGUUGCGAGUUCCCCAUAGAGGCAGGGGACAAGUUCUUGGAGGCUUUGGGCUUCACCUGGCAUGACACCUGUUUUGUGUGUGUGAUCUGCUGCACCACUCUGGAAGGUCAAGCCUUCUUCUCCAAAAUGGACAAGCCUUUGUGCAGGAAACAUGCACAUAGUGUGGUGAAAAUCUGAGCAAGGACAGGAGCAGAUGGCGAGAGGAGAGCUGGAGGAAGAAGGAGCAGAUGGCGAGAGGAGAGCUGGAGGAAGCAGGCUUGGCUAGACGGGGAACUUAUAUUAUGACUGUUGAUGAUAUUUAGAUUAUCCCCAGAACUAAACACCUCAGUCAGGGAAAGUCCAGAAGAUCAGAGGGAUCUCCAUGGAUACAUCCCAAACGGUACCCUAUUCCCUAGGUAGUGCACUACUCUUGACCAGAGCAUGGUUGUAUCCAUGGAGAUCACUCUGAUCUUCUGGACUUUAUCUAACUGAGGUGUUUAGUUCUGGGGAUAAAGUGUUGUUUCCUGAUAUGUGUCAAGUAUUAUAGGGAAUAUGUAGUCAUAAUAAUCAUAUGUUGGGUGCUUAUACUCCUAUUUCUAUUGUCUCUAAAUCUAUCCAUGUAUACCCCCCCCAUAGGAGUAUUGUGCUAUUCUACCAUUCUUCUGUAUGCUGUCAUGAGCAAGAUGCCUCUCGCAAUGAGACUAGACUAAAACGAUACGUUUGUUUUGUUUUGAAUGGCCAGAAUCAACGAUGUGUAUAUUUGACAUGUACAUCUCAAAGAAUACAGUGUUUUGAAAAGCGGUAGAGGGGAUAUCGUUAAAGCUAAACCAUGCUCAUGCCCAUGGUGCAUUCAACUGUUAGAAUUGGUCCCAGUUGAAAAAAUAAAUACAUGGAAUUUUCCUCCCCCCCAAAAACAUCUGCUUUGAGAUGUGGUGGUUUGACUGUUUGAUAUCAUUUCUACCAACGUGAUAGAAUCUACAUUCAACUUAUUGUAUUACCGUUUCCAAAAGCCAAGUUGUUGUUGUUGGCUACCCAUCAUACUGUACAUGAAGGGAUUUGAGAAAUAAUGAUUGUAAAAGAAGUCUAUUUUUGAAGGGCUGUUUGUAGCCUGAGUUCCAGUCUGUUUCUGCUAUCAUGCCAACUCCUUGUAACUCAUUGUGAUGUCAUGUCUCCCUUGACAAUAUAAUUGGCAAGAGCACAAAAACAGGCUAGCUGUUUCAUUGCCCUCGGAAAAUGCCUACACUGAGAGGAUGAGAGAAAACUGAAGAGUGAGGGGACAAAUCAAGACAUUUUCCUUAGUCUGUUUUUCCCUGAAGUCUCUUGCAGUGGAGGCUGCUGGGGGAGGAGGACGGCUCAUAAUAAUGUCUGGAACGGAGUGAAUGGAAUGGUAUCAAACACAUGGAAACCAUGGAAACCACGUGUUUGAUGUUGUUGAUACCUUUCCACCUAUUCCUCUCCAGCCAUGACCACGAGCCCAUCCUCAUCCAAUUAAGGUACCACCAACCUCCUGUGGCCUCUUGGUAUUAAUCUAACUUCACUAUCACUCCGUCUCAACAGAAUUAAUAAUUGAAUCUUGUUGUUGUUGAUAUGGAUGAACGGUGCAGAGGACAAGGAGUAAACCAAGUCACAUAAACCAAGUCACAUAAACCAAGUCACAUAAACCAAGUCAUUCUAUGGUGAUUAAAUUUUUUUAAUUUUUUUUAAUUUAGCUCUUGAUUUAUUAUAUAUCUUCUAUUUCACAGUUAUUAUUAAAAUGUCAGUCCAAAAGGUUAUAGUAAGGUCUUGGUCCAUACUGUAGUUCUCACAUCCUGAAAUCCUGUCAUUGGUAAUGGAGUGUAACAACCCUUCUCUUUUGACCUCAGCGGUCUCAAUUAGCAUUGGAUUGAACUGUAUGGCCUGUCAUAUGGCAUAUGUCACUGUUACAUGAAUGACUUAGCACCGCACAUCUUCUAACACUGGUUCUCACAGGGUUUAACGUUCACAUGCCUGUGUCGUGGAUACUGGCAGACACAACCCACUGUAGGCUACCGGAGUCGGCAUGUGUUCAAAUCCAACCCGCUGCCUUUCUGCCUCGCCAUCCGUACUUCAUUUCCUGUCUGCUCUUCACUAGUCUAUCUCAAUCAAAUUAUUUUUUUAAAUGAACUAAGGUAACUAAAAAAUAAUGUAAAUAACAUUCUAAUUAGGUUAUUACCCUUUUUGUGAAAAUCACAUGAGGAAUCCUAUUGGUUAUCUUAACAUAUCAAUUAAGACCAUAUAUUUUAAUUAGAUUGAUGUGAAAAUAUUCCUGUAAAAGCAUAUCUAAAGGUGCAAUACGCACCUUUAGAUAUGCAAUUCCUGGUUGCAAAAAUUAUAAUAGUUCACCUAUGUGACAAAACAAGGUAUCAUUGUGUAGAGCAUCAUUGUACUAUCUAAACUGCUGUGAAAUAUAUUUUCCAUAACCAAAAAUAGUGUAUUUUCUGCUGUUUGAAGCUGGUGUACAAAACUGAAAGUAAAAGAAGCAAAAAACAAACCAUAAGAAUGGUAAGCAUAGAAAUAAUGCACAUAGAAAACAUCUAACGCUUCUUAGACUUGUUUUCAAUGAGAAUGACAGAUCUAUAACUCACAUGUCUUUGGUCGGGUUGCCCCAAAAAAAUGACAUAAUGCAUCUUUAAAAGCAUAGUGUAGUGGAAUCAUCUUCCUGUUCAUUGUUUUAACAAGAGUCAUGUAAUCACCACCAUGGCCCUCAAUGGGUUGUAUUUAUGUCUUCUGAAUAAAGAGAACCACAUAAUUCAAUGCAUAAUGAUGUCAUCUAAAGGAAAAAAUAAACCCCCCCCUGAAAUUUGA